AGCCGCCCCUGAAGCCCCCGCCCGCCCGCCGGCGCCGCCUCCGAGCCGCCUUGGCCGUAGCUGCGGCCCAGGCGGGAGGCGGCGGCCGGCGAGGCGAGGCGGCCCGCGCUCUGCCUGUCAGGUCACCGGCGAGGCCCGGCUCGGUCUGCGGGCAGCCCCUGAUGCGGAGGCGCUGCCACCGGGGCAAUGCAGCAGGCGCCGCAGCCGUACGAGUUCUUCAGCGAAGAGAACAGUCCGAAAUGGCGGGGACUGUUGGUCUCGGCCCUGCGGAAGGUUCAGGAACAAGUACAUCCGAAUCUCUCAGCUAAUGAAGAAUCUCUCUAUUAUAUUGAAGAGCUGAUUUUUCAGCUGCUUAAUAAAUUAUGCAUGGCCCAACCAAGGACUGUUCAAGAUGUGGAGGAACGAGUUCAAAAGACCUUUCCUCAUCCAAUCGAUAAAUGGGCUAUAGCUGAUGCACAGUCUGCCAUAGAGAAACGAAAACGAAGAAAUCCUCUCUUACUGCCUGUGGACAAAAUCCAUCCUUCACUGAAGGAAGUUUUAGGGUACAAAGUGGACUACCAUGUGUCCUUAUAUAUUGUGGCUGUACUAGAGUAUAUCUCAGCUGAUAUUUUGAAAUUAGCUGGUAAUUAUGUUUUUAAUAUUCGACAUUAUGAAAUAUCUCAGCAGGACAUUAAAGUGUCAAUGUGUGCAGAUAAG